ACCAAAUUUCAUUCAGUGCUCGCCGUGCUUGCGGCUGGAUUCCGAUGUAAACAAAUCAAUGCGCGCAAUAUUUUGUAUUCGGUCCAGUUCAACGCGGUUUUGGUUUAAUUCAGUGAAUAGUUUUACAAAAUUGUAAAUUGUGCCUGAUUCUGCUAGAAAGAUUUAUUUUGUGUGCAUGUUCAAUAAUGAUAUUCAAGCAACUGUUGUCGUCUGGUUCCAGAAUAAAUAGUCAGCUACGUUAUAAAGUGCGUCCAGUGAAAGUCGUCGCCCAAGGCGGAUUUACGCCAUCACCGGCAUUUGUUGCACCGUGUUUGUGGCAAGUCCGUUACGCCUCCAGCAGUUUCGACAUCAAAGAUGAUCCAUCGCUGCCGGGACCGUCCAUAUCCAAUGUCAAGAAAGCGAUCAAAUCCUCCCCCUACGAGUGUACGGAGGGCUACACUUGCAUUCGUACCGUGUGUCCAGUUUGCAAUGUCGUUCCCGGCCAAUUGGAAAGCUCCCAGGCGAAAGGGGAAACAAUAUACGUGAAUAAAACCACCGGCCACUUUACCUGUUCCUCUUGUCAGCAUUUGGGCCGUUGGGACCACAUAGAGAAGUUUUUCAUGCCUCAUAGCAAAAGUGCUCGGACGGUUCAGGAAUUGCGUAAGCUGAGGGAUGUGUUUCUGGACGGCAAGAAGGCGGAUCUGAAAAAGUCCAUUGAGGUUCCUAGUGGGACAGUAGCGGUCGAUGAAAUGCUCGUAGAAUACAUCAGUAGGACAUUGGGAUUGGAGGGAAUUCCAGUAUCAAGUCUAGUUGCCAUAGGAUCCCGAUGGGACGAUGAAAAAUGCCAUUUAUAUGUUCCUCUAACUGAUGUAGAAUCUAGGAUAGUUGGCUAUAAAGUACUUAGUAAAACGAAUCAGACUGGCGAAGACAUGGUGAUAGAACGAACCAUUCCCGAAGCGAAUUGUUCCGGUUUGGUGCAUUUGAAGUGUUCAUCGGGAACGGCAACUAAAGCCUCUGCCAAAGAUCAAUCUACUGCUGUUCUAGUGCUCAACGUUCUGGAUCUACUUGCGUUGAGUGCGGCGAAAUUAAAUGUUACAGCCAUAUGUCUUCCACACGAUCUGAAAAGCUUACCUCAACAGUGCCUUCCUGGCUUAGAACGGUAUAAUAAGUUGACUUUGUGGUUCAAUUACGACACAGCCGGGUGGGACACCGCACGAAAUUACGCCAAAAAACUAGAUGAGAGACGAUGUACGUUUGUUAGACCGACUGACGCCCAUCCAACUCCGGCCAAAGCUCUUGCGUUGGGUUUAGAUCUGAAAGCAAUAUUGUCCAAGGCUCAACCUAUAUUGCACCAGUCCAUUACAACGUUCCACUCGCUAAGGCAAGAUGUCCUGAGCGAUUUGCAGAACAUCGAUAAAGUGCAAGGGGUCAAGUGGAAGCGAUAUCCAACUCUAAACAAGCUGUUAAAAGGACAUCGAAAAGGCGAACUGACGGUCCUAACCGGUCCCACCGGUUGCGGAAAGACUACUUUCAUGUCUGACUACUCUUUAGAUCUUGCCCUGCAAGGCGUGUCCACGCUUUGGGGAUCUUUUGAAAUUCGAAACACUCGACUGGCAUCGACACUUUUAAGGCAAAUGGCCGGACGACCCCUAGAUGUACAUUUAUCGGAGUUUGAUUACUGGGCAGACGAGUUCGAAAGGUUACCGGUAUACUUCAUGACCUUCCAUGGCCAGCAACCAAUCAAAGUCGUAAUGGAGGCCAUUGAGCAUGCCCAAUACGUGAACGAUAUCCAUCACGUGAUCAUCGACAACCUACAGUUCAUGAUGGGAGUUUCCGAGGAUACCAAGCAUUUAGAUCGAUACUGGAAGCAAGAUGCCAUCAUCGCCGCUUUUCGAACGUUUGCCACGAGGAAAAAUUGCCAUGUAACCCUGGUGAUUCAUCCCAGGAAGGAACGCGAUGCUGACGACUUGACUACCAGCUCGAUUUUCGGUGGAGCGAAGGCUUCCCAAGAAGCAGACAACGUAUUAAUCAUCCAGGACAAACGUUUGACUUCGGUUCGGGGGAAGAAGUAUCUGCAGGUGGCAAAAAAUCGAUACAGCGGAGAUCUAGGCAUCAUGCCUCUGGACUUCGACAAACUCAGCCUAAGCUACGCCCAAAAGCGGAAAAAGGCUGACCCAGUAGAGCCAAACGAAACAACAGAAACUGCAAUCAGUGAUUCCUAAGGUAUUUAUAUUUACUUUUUUGUUAAAAGUAUAAGACCAAAAGAUUUGUUAGACAUUUAUAUAGAAUUAUCCUAGAA